AUGGGUCGAAGCAAGGGCAAGGUGGCCCGGCGUCCAGUGGAAUCCAGGAGGCCUGCGGCGAGGGAGCAGGAGUCGGGGUCAGGCAGCACAGAAGGCGUGCCCAGCAGAGAAAACCGACAGGGCUGUGCGGAAGCCCGCAGGGCAAGAGGGCUCUUGGAGUCUGUCACCUCGUGGGACCAGGGAACCCCUGAUGGUAGCAGGAAGCCCAGCCCAGAGGUAAAUGGCAGCAGGUCACGGGGGCCCAGGGAGAGUGUCCGGACUGGGGACAGCUCUGGGGGUCACCUGGAGGAGAACCUCCCCAGAGGACCAACAGGAGAGCACCACCACCGCAAGAGAGGAAAAGGGAGGGGACCCUCUGCCAGGCGCAAACGCAGCCGCAGCCGCAGCCACAAGCCAACCCGAGGAAGCCUGGAUGGGGAGACCUCGGGUGCAGACGCUGGAAGCUCCUGCCCGGAUAGUGAGGCCCCUGAGGUCCAGGGGAGCCGCAACAAGAGGGGCGGGUCCCCGGAGCCGCCACCCAAAUGGGAGCAAACAGACACGGGCUCAGGAGGUAGCCAAGCCCACCAGGAGUCGGUGCAGGAGCCUGGGGAGCACCUGAGCAGCAGCGGCCCCGAAGGUCCCCGCAGCUACGAGGUCCAGAGCUGGGAAGGGUCACUGGGGGCGGCGCCUCAGGAAGCGACUGAGGACCCCGGGACAGGCGCAGUCGCCAGUACAGCGGGGGCUGUGCGUGAACGGGGACCCCAGUCCACCCCAGGAACAGCGAGCCCAGUCACCGAGGCCAGCGGGGUCGAGCCAAGCAGAAAGGCCUCCAGCCCACUCGAGGGGAGCCGUAAGCGCGCCCCCCGGAGCUCGCGGGCUUCCAGGGACGCUGAGCUGGUUCGGGGCGCGAGUGGCAGUGGGGCGCGGCCGGAGGCUGGGGCGCGGGGCGUCGAACCUGUGAAAGUUCAGGCCUCGACCUCUGGGGAUCGGCGCCCCCAGUUUGGAAAGGCGGCGAGGAGCCCAGUGCCCGACGGCCCUUCUGAGGACGAGGACCGGACCCCAGAUCCCAGGUUCGCGGUCGUAUUCCCCAGGACCCUACGGGCGGGGAGGGCGUCGAGCGACGGGAGCUCUGAGGAAGCGUCUGCACACGCCCCCGCGGGAGAGGGGCGCGCUGGGGCCGGUGCGGGGCUUUCCGAGGACACUGAGGGGCGUAGGGCCAUAGAAGACGGGCGCAGCCCUCUGCGCGCCCCUCUGCGCGCCCCGGCCUCCCCCGACGAGCCCCAGUCGGAUGGGAGCGGCGCCAGCAAUGAGGCGGAGCCCGAGUCGGUGGAAGCCCCGGCGCCCGUGCACUGGGCGCAGGGCUCGGACCCAGGCGAGGACCCCGGGCUUGGCCCCCACACGCUGCUGCCCCGACUCACCUUGGAGACUCGCUCGCGAAGGGAGAGGGGCUCGGGCCCCCGCCGGCCCGCCUUGGAGCGGUGGGAGCUGGAGGACGAGGCCGAGGAGGCGCUGGAGAGGUGUCUGGAGCUGAGCGGCGCGCCGGGCCUCGAGGCGCCGCCCUCCCCGGCCCUGGAGGGCAGGACCCUCGGCGACGGCCUGGAGGACACUGAGGACCUGGCGAGGCUGCGGCCAAUGUGUGACAGCGCGGUGCUGCUGUGCCUCAAGAAGAGGUUUCACCUGGGCCGAAUCUACACCUUUGGGGGGCCUCUCCUGCUCACUCUGAACCCCCACCGGCCUUUGCCACUCUUCUCACCUGAGGUCCUGGCCAGCUACCACCCCAGGAUGGCCCCCAACACCACCCCGCACAUCUUUGCGGCAGCGGCCUCAGCCUACAGGCUGGCUCAGAGCACUGGGCAGGGCACGUGCAUCCUCCUUGGUGGGGUCGACCCAUGUGCCCCUGUCAACCUUUCCCUCUGCAGUGGGCACAGUGGCUCAGGGAAGACAGAAGCUGCUAAAAAGAUCAUUCAGUUCCUCGGCAGCCUGGAGCAGGAGCAGACAAGGAGCAGAGGACACCAGCUGGAGGACGCAUGGUCCCUGCUGGGCAGCUUCGGCCACGCCCAAACAGUCCUCAACGCCAAUGCCAGCCGCUUCGGCCAGGUCAUACGCCUCUGCCUGCAGCACGGGGUUAUCGUGGGAGCGUCUGUGUCACACUAUCUGCUUGAGACCUCGAGGGUGGUGUUUCAGGGCGGGGCCUGCAGGCUGCUGGGCAAGGAGGACGCCCAGGACUUCCCAGGGCUGGUGAGAGCCCUGCAGGUGCUGGGCGUGUGCCCUGAGGACCUGAGCGCCAUCUGGGCUGUGCUGGCUGCCAUCCUGCAGCUGGGCAACAUCUGCUUCUCCUCUUCAGAGCGGGAGUCCCAGGAGGUGGCCGCUGUGUCCAGCUGGGCUGAGAUCCACGUGGCAGCACGGCUACUCCAGGUGCCGCCCGAGCGCCUGGAGGGGGCUGUCACCAGGCAGGUCUUGGAGACGCCCUAUGGCCCGGCCUCGCGAUCCUUGCCCGUGGAAAGCGCCAUCGACGCCAGGGAUGCCCUGGCCGAGGCCCUGUACUCAAGGCUCUUCGCCUGGCUUCUGAGGAGGACCAACGCGCAGCUGGCACCGCCAGGGGAGGGCAGUCCUGACACCGCCUCCAUCACUGUCACCAUCGCAGAUGUCUACGGCUUUGAGGCGCUGCGGGUAAAUGGCCUGGAGCAGCUGUGCAACAACCUCGCCAGCGAGCGCCUGCAGCUCUUCUGCAGACAGACACUCCUGGCCCAGGAGGAGGAGGAGUGCCGGCGAGAGUCGCUGCCCUGGGUGUCCAUCCCCCAGCCUCCGGGGGCGCCCUGCCUGGACCUCCUGGUGGACCAGCCCCACAGCCUCCUGAGUAUCCUGGAUGCGCAGACCUGGCUGGCGCAGGCCACGGACCAUACCUUCCUCCAGAAGUGCCACUAUCACCACGGCGACCACCCGUGCUACUCCAAGCCCCAGCUACCCCUUCCCAUCUUCUCCGUGCGGCAUCACGCGGGGACCGUCACCUACCAGGCGCACAAGUUUUUAAAUAGAAACCGGGAUCAUCUCGACCCAGCUGUAGUGGGGAUGCUUGCCCAGAGCCAGCUGCAGCUGGUGGGCAGCCUGUUCCAGGAAGCAGAGCCCCGGCCCGGGGGCCCUCGAGGCAAACCUACGCUGGCCUCUGGCUGCCUGCAGUCCCUGGGGGACCUCUUAGCCCAGCUGGGCAGGAGCCACAUCCACUUCAUCCAGUGCCUCAACCCAAACCCUGGGAAGCUCCCGGGCCUCUUUGAUGUGGCCCACGUGGCCGAGCAGCUGCACCAGGCCUGCGUCCUGGAGACUAUCUGUACCCGCAGCAUCAACUUCCCUGUGCGCAUGCUCUUCCAGGCCUUCCUGGCCAGGUUCCGGACCCUGGGGACGGAGGGGCAGGGAGAUGCCUCUGACCGGGAGAGGUGUGGCGCCAUCCUCAGUCAGGUGCUGGGGCCCGAGUCAGCCCUCUGUCACCUGGGCGUCACCCAGGUCCUGCUGCAGGUGUCGGGCUGGCAGCAGCUGGAGCAGCAGCGGGCCCAGCGGCGCGCCCAGGCCCUGCUCAUCCUGCACCACGGCCUCCGCACCUGCCUGUCCCGCCAGCGCCUCCGCCUCCUGCCCCGGAUGCAAGCGAGGGUGCGCGGGCUCCAGGCCAGGAAGCGAUACCUGCGGCGGCGGGCAGCCCUGGGGCAGCUGAACACCAUCCUGCUGGUGGCCCGACCCCUGCUCCGGAGACGCCAGGAGCUGCAGCCGGGCCGGUGGCAGCCCAGGCACAGCGGUGGGAUGGCUGAAAGAAUGCCAAGCAUGGAGCUGGGGUGCCUGGAGAUCCCGGCCGAGCUGGCCGUCAUGCUGCAGAAGGCGGAAUACUCCCAGCACUCUCUGACCGAGAGCAUCACCGAGUCCAUGCCUCCAGAAGUGCCCGCCCGGCCCAACCUGGCCCUUCCGCCGGACAUCGACAACUUUCCCUUCUCCAGCUUCAUCUCCACCAGCUUUCAGGAGCCGUUCCUGCCCAGCCCUGGGCAGACGCUGACCCAGCCCCUGACCCAGCUGGAUGGUGAAAACCCCCAGCAAGCCUUGGACAUCAACAAGGUGAUGCUGUGGCUCCUGCGGGACGGGUCCCUGCUACCCUGGCAGGAGAAGACCUUGGGUGCGUACCUGGUGCGGCAGGGGCAGCGCCGGCCAGGGCUGCGGGAUGAGCUCUUCAGCCAGCUGGUGGCCCAGCUCUGGCACAACCCGGAUGAGCAGCAAAGCCAGCGCGGCUGGGCCCUCAUGGCCGUCCUGCUCAGUGCCUUUCCCCCCAGGCCCACCCUGCAGAAGCCACUGCUCAAGUUUGUGUCGGACCAAGCGCCCAGGGGCAUGGCCGCGCUGUGCCAGCACAAACUGCUGGGGGCUCUGGAGCAGGUCCAGUGGGCCCCUGGGGCCAAACGGACCCACCCUCCCACCCAGCUCGAGUGGACCGCGGGAUGGCGGAGAGGCCGCAUGGCCCUGGAUGUCUUCACCUUCCACGAGGAAUGCUACUCAGCGGAAGUGGAGUCCUGGACCACAGGAGAGCAGUUUGCUGGGUGGAUCCUGCAGAGCAGAGGGCUGGAGGUGCCCCCCCGUGGCUGGUCCGUGUCACUGCACUCCGGGGAUUCCUGGCAGGACUUGACUGGCUGUGACUUUGUCCUGGACCUGAUUGGCCAGAUAGAGGACCCGGGGGACCCGACUGAGCCCCACAGCUAUCCCAUCGCUCCUCGUGACUCAGCCAAGGACAUCCCCCCCGCCCCCAACGUCCAGGCCCCACCACUGCCUCCAGGCCCCCCUCCAGGUCCAGCCCCACCGCUGCCUGGCAGUGGUCACACAGGCGGGCACCGGGCCCCAGGGAGUCUGGACGGCUUCGUGGACAACCUCUUUGAGUCAGUCUUCUCCCCAGGCCACAGCGAUCUGGAGCAAGGCUGGGCUCUGAGCGGCCGCAUGAAGGGCGGGGGCUCCAUGGGGCCCAUGCAGCCGGGCAGCUACCCCAUGGUGUACCCAGGGAUGAUGCAGAUGCCCGGAUACCAGCCAGCCAUGAUGCCUGCACCUAUGCCCAUGAUGCCAGCCAUGGUGAUGCCACCGCAGCAGGCGCCACCACCCCUGCUCCCCAGCCUGGACACGAGGCAGCUGGCCGUCCAGCAGCAGAACUUCAUCAACCAGCAGGCGCUGAUCCUGGCCCAGCAGAUGACCACCCAGGCCAUGAGCCUCUCCCUGGAGCAGCAGACACAGCAGCAGCGCCAGGCCCAGGCCCGGGCCCAGGCGCAGGCGCAGGCCCAGGCCCCGGUGCAGGCCCCGGCACAGGCCCAGGCCCCGGUGCAGGCCCCGGCACAGGCCCCAGCGCAGGCUCCUGAGGCAGACUUCUCGGCCCCACCCCCAACUAUCCACCCCAAGUCCAAGACCAUCAACCCCAAGUUAAAGAAGCCUUCAAUCUCUCAAGAGGAGACAGAGCGGGAGCUGGAAUGGGAGACCCCGCUGGAGACCAAAGCCCGCAAGCCCAGGAGCUUCCAGCAGAAACGCGAAUUUUUCCAGAAUAUGGGGCAGCCGCAGUUCAAGAUGAAGAUCAUGAAGCCCCCCAGCAAGGUGCAGAUCCCCCAGGGGACCGGGGAGGAGGAGGACGAGGAGGAAGAGGAGAAGGAGCAGGAGAAGGAGCAGGAGAAGAAGGAGGAGGAGGCCCCCUCUCCUCCCCCCGUGGCCGUGGCGAAGAAGCCUUCCACCCGAGCUGGGGCCAAAGCUGCCCGGGAAGCUGAGGUGGAGCCGGCCGGGGAGAAGGGGCCGGGGCGGGGCCCCGCGGUGGUGCGCAGCAGCACGCAGGCCGCGCCACGGGAGGCGCCCAGCAGGGAGAUCCGCAACAUCAUCCGCAUGUACCAGAGCCGCCCGGCCCCCGCGCCCAUGCCGGUGCAGCCGCCCAGGAAGCCCGUCAGAACUUUCCUGAAGAAAAGCAACCCUAAGGAUGAGGCUCUGGCGAAGCUGGGGAUCAACGGGUCCCCCUCGUCCCCUGUGCCUCUGUCCCCAGGCCCAGGGAAGGGCCCCCCGCCAGCUGUGGCCCCUCGACCCAAAUCCUCACGACAGCUGGGGCUCUCCAAUUCCAUCAAGGAGAAGCAGGGACCCCUUCAGCAUCUCUUUGGCCCGGCCCCAUCCGCUGCCCAGGCCCCCCCUCCUCCCCCGCCUCCACUGCCUCCGCCAGAGCUCCCAGCGCAGCCUGCCACCGAGCCCCAAGUCUUGAGGGGGCCCAUGGAGGACCAGGGUGUCUCCACCCAGAUGCUUGUGCCCUCCGGCAGCGUGAGCUUCUCCUACGCCAGCCCGCCCUGGAAGCUAUUCCUGCGCAAGGAGGUCUUCUACCCCCGGGAGAACUUCAGCCACCCCUACUGCCUCAGGCUCCUCUGUGAGCAGAUCGUUCGAGACACCUUCGCUGAAUCCUGCGUCCGGAUCUCCCAGGAGGAGAGGCACAGAAUGAAAGACUUGCUGGGAGACCUGGAGGUGGGCCUGGAGUGGCUCCACACUGUCGAGGACAGCGUCAAGAAGCGCAUCGUGAUCGCCGCCAGGGACAACUGGGCCAACUAUUUCUCCCGCAUCUUCCCCGUCUCGGGCGAGAGCGGCAGCAACGUGCAGCUGCUGGGGGUGUCGCACCGCGGCCUGAGGCUGCUCAAGGUGACCCAGGGCUCCGGCCCCCACCCCAACCAGCUGAAGGUUCUCUGCUCAUACAGCUUCGCAGAGGUGCUGGGUGUGGAGUGCCCAAGCAGCUCCAGCCUGGUGCUGGCACUGAAGAGCGAGCAGCUGGUGCUGCACACGCCCCGGGCGGGCACCAUCAAGGCCAUGGUUGACCUGUUCCUGCGAGAGCUCACAAAGGACUCCGGCUAUGUCAUUGCCCUGAGGAGCUACAUCACCGACGAGUGCAGCCUUCUCAGCUUCCACCGCGGGGACCUCAUCAAGCUGCUGCCAGUGGCCAGCCUGGAGCCAGGCUGGCAGUUCGGCUCGACCGGGGGCCACUCUGGACUCUUUCCCACGGACAUGGUGCAACCGGCCGCGGCUCCCGACUUCUCCUUCUCGUCCGGGCAGAGGACUGGCCUGCACAGGAGCCAGUCACGGUCACAGAGCAGGGAGCCAGGGCUGGCUCAGAGGCACAAGGCGCCGGAGGACCCCGCCUGCCUCUCCAUCCAGACCCACAGUGACCACUCAGAGGCCGCCAGCCUGCCCCCUUCCCUCUCUCUUCCCGGGGACCCCCACCGCUAUACCAUGCAGGAAUUUGCCCUGAAGGCCUUCCGGAAGCCCCAGACCUUGCUGGGCCCGAGAGACAAAGGCGCUGAGGGGAAGGGCGCGGCCAGCCUGGUACGGUACAGCAAGGCCCCCAUCCUGCAGUCGCUCAUCAGCUUCGAUGACGAGGACACCGACAGACGGGCUGUGGAGGGCUUCCAGGCUCUGAUGCAGUUCAUGGGGGACCAGCCUAAGCCCCGAGGCAAGGACGAGAUGGGCCUCGUCUAUGAGCUGCUAAAGCUGUGUCAGGAGGAGGAACUCAGGGAUGAGAUUUAUUGCCAGGUCAUCAAGCAGGUCACAGGACACCCCCGGCCGGAGCACUGUGCCAGGGGCUGGAGCUUCCUGAGCCUCCUCACUGGCUUCUUCCUGCCGUCAAACAAGCUGAUGCCCUACGUGACCAUGUUCCUGCAGGAGGCAUGCCAGAGCGAAGAGCUGGCCCAGAGCAGCCAGAAGCACCUUCAGCAAACUGUGAAGUAUGGGGGGCGCCAGCGGCUGCCCUCUCCGGGAGAAAUGCAGGCCUUCCUGAAAGGGCAGAUGACCCGCAUGCUUCUGAUCCACCUGCCCGGGGGCAUGGACUACAAGACCACCGUCCAGACUUUCACGGUGGUGGCCGAAGUGCUGGAGGAGCUGUGUGGAAAGAUGGACAUCCUGGACCCCCAGGAAGUGAAGGAAUUUGCCCUUUUCCUCAUCAAAGAAGGCCCGCUGGUGCGGCCCCUGUGGCCCCGAGAAUACAUCAACUGUGAGGUGUUGGGGCCGGGCGCAAGUCUGCACUGCAGGAGGCUCUCCUGGGAGACGCAGCUGCACUAUGAGAACCCCACCUACGUCAGCACCCACUACAGGCAGGUGCUGUGGGACUACCUGCAGGGGAAGCUGCUGGUGAGCGCCCGGGAGGAAGCCCAGCUGGCCAGGCUGGCCGCCCUACAGCACCUCAGCAAGGCCCACAAGGACUCCCCCUCAGAGCAGGACCUGCUAGCUUACUUGCCGAAGCCGCUGCUGCAGCAGGUGGACGUGGCCGCCGUGAGGAGGCUGCUGGGCCUGGAGCUGAGGCAGCUACAAGACUACAGCUCCCAGGAGGCGCAGAUCGGCUUCAUCGAGGCCGCGAGCCGGCUGCCCCUGUUUGGCUGCACCGUCUACGUGGUGCUGCGAGCGAGCCUGCCGGGCCUGCCCAGGCCCUGCCUCCUGGGGCUGAACAGCCAGCAGCUCAUCCUCCUGGACCCCAGCUCCCAGAAGCCACGCUGCUCCAUCAUCCUGAAGGACCUGCAGAGGGCCCACCUGAUGAGCCCCCUGGACGACACAGAGGCCCCCUGCCUGGAGCUCCACUACGGUUCGGCGGAAAGCCCGCAGACUAUCUGGCUGGAACUGGCACAGGCCCAGGAGCUGAAGCACACCAUUGCCUUCCUGCGGAGCAGCGGCUCGGGCUCUAGCAUCGCAUAG